GCCAGUGCAACAGCCUUUCCUCUUCCUCGAUCCUGUGGGGGUGUACAUGCCGGUGCUGACGCACUGCAGUUUACACACUCGAGGCGAGGGCGACUGCCCCGAGACCGACAGGCGAAGAGCCAAAACAAAGUCCGACACAAAAACAGACGGAGAAGAAAAAGAAAAAGAGACAGAUGGAGAAGGAGAGAGAGGAGAGUGUGGGGGAGGCGUUGGUGUUGAAGACGUAGGACGGUUCCGACUCUUCGACAGACACAGGCUCGUCGAACUUCUCCCAGAAGGCCUCGCAGGUGAACUUUCUCGAGACGUGGAGAUGAUUCCCUCGGCGACGAGUCCGAUAGGAGUGAUGCUGAGGAAGGCGACGCUUGAACUGCAGAUGCAGCUCGAGCUGUUUGCACGCGUGCAUGCAAAGUCGAGCGCAGACACCCGAGGGGAAACUCCACUCCCGAGAAAGAGGAAAGAAACGCGCAAAGACGGGGAGAGAGACGCGCGCGAGAAGAAGAAGGACGAAGGAAAAGACAAAGACGGAGGUGUGGGGGGGAGGGGUCUCGAAGAAAUCGGCUCAAGACGUUCCGAGGACGAGUGGAGAGAACGCCUUUCUGAACUGCGACCAUUCGACGCUCGUCUCGCUGCAGUGCAGAGAGGGUUCCUUUUGGAUGGCCACCGAGGCGUCGGCAAAAGCUGCGUGCUGAACUACUUGAUUCCCUGGGCGAGGGAGAACAACUGGCUGGUCGUCUACGAGCCUUUGCCGUCGCGAUAUGCGCGCGAAAUCGGAGACAUCAAACGCUCCUCCGCUGGGGUGUACAUCCAGUCGUCAUUCUCCCAAGAAUUUCUGGAGCGGCUCGGCCGCUUCAACAGGCGCCUCCUGGAGGAGUUACCUGUGGCGCGGCGCUGCUACGGCCAGGCCGCACUCGACGGGGUUCACCGGCUGUACGCCGAGCGCAGCUACCACAGUUUGUUGGAGAAGGCGCUGGAGAAGGAUCUGGACGAAAUUCGAGAGCAGAGAGACGAAGAGUUGAAGAGAGGUUCUCCCCACUCUGGCAAAGACGCAGAUCUCCUCGACUCUCAGCUGCGCGAGGAGAUUCUGCUGGCGCGCGAGCGCUUGGCGCUGUGGCACACGUAUCGUCGAGAAGUCUCGAUUCCCUCCAUGAAGUCGCGUCUUCCGAAUCCAGCGUCGGUCUGGGAAAUAGCAGAAUUUGGAUUACAGAACGAGGCGUUCGCCACCCAGGCGCUCUACGAAGUUUGGGAGCAGCUGAAAAAGCAAACGCAACUGAAUGUCCUCAUCGCAGUCGACGAGUGGAACGAGUGCUUUCCGGUCAGCGAAUACGUCUCGAUGCGCUACGAAGGCACACGGUUCAACGGCCAUAUCCCUGCCUUCCACCUCUCCACGCCGCGGCUUCUCUCCCGCUUCGACGAUGCCCAACAAUUUCAACGAGGCUUGAAGAUCUGCGCAACCUCCUGGCGCCGCUCGAAUCGGCGCGACUACCGGCCGGACCUGUUGGGCGUGCGACAAGAGGAGAUUCGAACUGUGCGCAAUUUCUCGCCUCUCGAGUUCGCCAACUUUGUCGCGUAUUACCACAAAAAGAAAAUCCUACACGAGUUCCCCCGGGAAAAACUCGAUUAUUUCUACAUGCUCUCUGGUGGGAACGGCUUUCAGGCGCGGCGCCUCUUGGCUUCUCUGUACUAGCUGAACUGAGCGCGCGGCUCGCUUUUUCUCGAGCCGACCCGGCUUUCUUUGUUUGAGGCCUUCUGCCUCGUCUCCCUUUCUUCGUGUUUAUUCUCUUGCGUUCGGUCUAUGGCCUCUGUCCAUUCUCUUUUUUCGUUUGUCCACUUCUCGAGCCCUUCCCCUGGUUUCCACCUGACUUGUUCUCGCUUUUUCCUCAUGACCUCGACUCAGGUCCGUGGAGCGCAGGUCUGGUCGCGUUCCUUCUCAAAACGAAACUCGACAGUUCCUCACUUUCUUUCCAAAAGUCUCUCGGAGAAACGCCGAGAAGGCCCUCUACGCACGGACUCUUUGGCGGGGGGGAAGAGGAGAGUCCAGAAAUGACGGCUCUCUUCCAG